UGCAAAUCUACCGAUUUUUCUUUCAGUAUACCGAUUUUCCAAAUUAUUUCUACCGAAUUUUGCUUUUUAUGAUCGGCAACACUGCAUUAAUAGUCUGUGGGUGGUUUUGACUUUAAAUUGAUUCUGUUCUGUGGCUGUGGAUUUGAGUUUCGUGACCCAUCUUUUGUCGAAUGAAUUUUUAGACUAUUACUAAUUUUCUUCUCCAAACCGUAUUUUUAUUAAAAUAAUCGUAUAAUUAAAUUUUAUUCUAAAUAUAAUAUUUAUCGUGAAACAAACGAAAAGUGAAGAAUCUAUUGAUACCUUUUUCUCGUUUUCAAUUCGGCUCUAAAAAUUGGUAUUGAUUUAUUCUGUGUCAUUCAUACAUGAGAUGACAAAAUCAUGUCAACUAAGUUUUAGUUAAUAAAUGAUUCUGAACACUAAAACAAAGGAAAUAAUUGGUAAUCAGACAGGUGUUAUCAAGUGUUACGGUAUGAAUUUGGAUAACUCAUCAAGAGAAAACUCCGAAGCAUUGGACUCUAUCGGAACUGUUAGUCCACGAGAAAAGUAUCACAGUAUGAGGGAAAAGAAGCUAUCUACCGCAUCAUUGACAAAUACAGAAGGAGCUCGACCGAAAGUUGUAACAGUUAAGCAUCCUGAAUCAAAUAAGCCCAAGCCAACUGCAAAGAAAAAUAAACCAAUACAAGCAGAUCUUGAUGUCGUAAAAGAGUUUAUUAGGUGUCGUGAAGAAGGCGUGAAACGACUUGAUCUCAGUAAGUCUUCUAUCACUUCUUUGCCACCUAAUGUCAGAGAUUUGACUCAUCUUUUAGAAUUUUAUUUGUAUGGUAAUAAGCUAGUAGCACUUCCUGCUGAAUUUGGUUGUCUUACAAACUUGCAAACAUUAGCUUUAAAUGAAAACUCAUUGACAAGCUUACCAGACUCACUAGCAAACUUGAGGUGCUUGAAGGUUUUGGAUUUGAGACAUAAUAAGCUGAGUGACAUUCCUGAAGUUGUGUAUAAACUCACUUCUCUCACAACACUAUUUCUUCGAUUCAAUAGAAUCAGAGUAGUUGGUGAUGGAAUUGCUAAUUUAACAAAUCUUACAAUGCUCAGUUUAAGAGAGAACAAAAUAAAAGAAUUGUCAUCGGGAAUUGGUAAAUUGGUGAAUUUGGUAACAUUUGAUGUUUCACACAACCAUUUGGAGCAUUUGCCACAAGAAAUUGGGAAUUGUGUUAAUUUGUCUACCUUGGAUUUGCAGCAUAAUGAUUUGUUAGACAUACCAGAAACUAUUGGAAACCUACAAGCAUUAACUCGUUUAGGCUUAAGAUAUAAUAGAUUAACAGCCAUACCAUCGAGUUUGAGUAAUUGUAAACACAUGGAUGAAUUUAAUGUGGAAGGAAAUUCAAUAUCUCAACUUCCCGAUGGUUUGCUUGCUAGUUUGAAUGAAUUGACAAGUAUUACACUCUCAAGGAAUUCAUUUAUGAGUUAUCCAUCUGGAGGCCCUGCACAGUUCACAAAUGCAUUUUCCAUUAAUUUGGAACAUAAUCAAAUUGAUAAAAUUCCAUAUGGAAUUUUUUCAAGAGCAAAAAGUUUAACAAAAUUAAAUAUGAAAGAAAAUUUAUUAACUUCAUUACCAUUAGAUAUUGGAACAUGGAUUAAUAUGGUUGAACUUAAUUUGGGUACUAACCAAUUGACAAAGUUGCCUGAUGACAUACAAUGCCUACAAAAUUUAGAAAUAUUAACUUUGUCAAAUAAUUUAUUAAAGAGGAUUCCACCCAGUAUUGGCAGUUUAAGAAAGCUUAGAGUGUUGGAUUUGGAGGAGAAUAAACUAGAGGUAUUACCAAAUGAAAUUGGUUUCCUCCAUGACUUACAAAAGUUGAUUGUACAAUCUAACCAGUUGACUUCACUGCCUAGAUCGAUUGGACAUUUGACUAAUUUAACAUUCUUGAGUGUUGGUGAGAAUAACCUGCAAUAUUUGCCUGAAGAAAUUGGCACUCUUGAAAAUUUGGAAUCAUUGUAUUUGAAUGACAAUCCAAACUUAUGUAAUUUACCUUUUGAGCUAGCUUUGUGUGUGAGCUUGCAGAUCAUGAGCAUAGAAAAUUGUCCAUUAACUGCUAUUCCACCUGAAGUUGUAUCAUCAGGUCCUUCAUUGGUCAUUCAAUACUUGAAAUCUCAAGGACCUUAUAGAGCUAUGUGAUAUCAGGAAGAAGAUUUUUUACCAAGCAGUGAAGGUACUUAGGUACAUACAAAUGCAAUUUGCUCCAAAAAAACAACAUAGUCAAGUAUACUCUUGUAUAUUUUGAAAAAUAUGCUUGGUGUUUCAAAACAAUGGAAUAUCAAUGAAAAGCAGGUCUUGUGUUUAAAUUAUAUCAAUAGUUUGAAAAAUAAGCCAUAUAUAUCAUCUUAAUUGACUUGAGACACCUGGUAUGUUUCAAAUAAUAAUAAAUCUACUUAAUUCUACUCUAUUCAUAUUAUAUUAUUAUUAUUUCUGUUUGUGACAAAUCAUAAUCAAAAAGUAAUUCAAAUUUCAUCUUCAUCAUAGAUAUUCUUCUUCCAUUUUAUUCUCAUGGAAUGUAUUGCAUAUAUUUUUUGUUGUAUAAUAAAAAAUAAAAUUAAUACAGACAUACAUCCAUUAGUGUUAGUAGUUAGAUAUAAAUGUUUUAAGAUGUAUAUAGUAUAAGAACAGUUUAAUUUGUUUUUUAAUAUACUGUCCCCCAUUUGUUAAUUUUUCUACAAGGAUUUCAUUAGGUAAAGAAUGUUUGUACAGUACAGAAAAUUACGACUGGAUACAACUUUUAAUUAUAUACAUUUUUAUAAUCUAAGGUCUUCACAGGAAAUCAUUAUUAUGAAUAAUGACAUCAUUUAUUAUUUCAUGUUUAAAAAAAUAUGGAUUCUGUUUAAUAGAUUUGUUAACCUAGUUUUUGUCGAAUUCUUUGUAGAACACUAGUCUAAGAAACAAGCCUAGAAUUGCAUUAGAAUCCUUUGAAUAAUAAACAGGAGUCAAAUAGACAAAUACUAAAGAAAUAGCAAAUAUUUGAUUGAGUACUAUUUUUUUAUGAUAUCAGGAUAGCAAACAAACUAUCACAUAGUAAUUGUGUAUAUAAAUUAAUGAACUGUAAUAUUAAUAAAUAAAAAAUGAAUUAACUAUGAUCUACAUAGCCUCUUUUACAAUUAAUUGUAAAAUUUUAUUAGAAUUUUAUUGGUUUAGGAGUAGACUCCUCAGUGAGUAUAAAAUUUAUAAACAUGUACAUCAUUUAGAAAAGUAAAUGGAGAGUCAUGCUUAGGUAUAUUAUUUUUAUACAGUUACAGUCCCAACAUAUCUAUUAAAUUCGAAAUUUAAUGUAGUUAUUUGUGUUGAUAUUAUGUACUAAUUAAUUACAUACAUAUUGAAUGGCAUAGCAAAUAUUGGUUUAGAUUUACAAAUGAUAAAUUUGUGCCCUGGGGCUAUUUUAUAAAAUAAAUUAGAUUCAUUUGUAUAUUUUUUUUAUUACUAAUUAAAAAACUUAUGUCAGUAUUUAUAUUUCGUUAAUAAUUUUGAGUAUGUUGCUAUGUCCAGCCACAAAAAUGUAAGUGUUAGGUAUUUAAGUAAAAUAUAAAGUAAUAUUUGUAUGAGUGUUAAAAUAUUUUGUUUGAAAAUAUUUAAUGGAAGGUUAAUAAAAACCUGCUAAUUUUAAUCAUUGUCAAUGCCUAGAGGACUAUUAAGAUUUAAAUGAACAUUCAGCUACAAUAAAUUCUGAACAAACAUUACUUGAGAGAUAGCAGUUAUGUGUACCCUGUUGUGCUUUUGAUUGUGUCGCCUAUGUGAGAACUGAUAGUGACUAAUAUGGCGAAUAAGGUGUGACUGACUAUAAAAUUUGCUAUUGGGAUAUUUUUAAAGCUUCUAUUCAAAUGAAAGUGACUGCACUGCUACAUUUUUAAUUUAGGUUUGUAUUUUAAAAAAUGCAUAGAUUAAGAAGAUAAACUUUGGUAUCCUAUUAUAAUGCAUUUAACAAGGCAAAUAUAUAUUUUUUACAUUCUAUGUAUUUGCUGAGUACUGACAGUAAAUAAAUCUUGUCCGAAUCAUGUCCUUGUCAGCACAUGUAAAAAAUAGUUUUGGUCUAUUCCGGGCCUUAGUGUAAUAAUAUAAUUAUUAAGAGCAUAGGUACUUUAGUUAUUUAUUUUAUUAAGCAUUUAUUUGUAACUCAUAAUUUUGUGUGUUAGUUAAAAAAAUAGUGACUUGCAUCACAAAUGAAAUGAUGAAAAAAUUGCUUUAAUUUGUAAGUACCUAUACUAGUAUUUAUAUUUCAUGCAUAUAGUUUGCAAUUGUAAAUGCAUUAUGUACUAACAAAUUUAAGGGUUAGACUUAGCGCGCACCGUGGCGUUUGAUUCUCGCAGCAAAAUGCCGCCAAUUUAAGUAGUUUUUGAUAGAAGAACGAAUAAGUGCGCGCACUUAAUGCUGCGUCCGGGCCAUAUAGUGCUAGGUACCCUCGUAAAAACAACUUGUAUACUUUCAUUUACUUUUAAAUAAAUAAAACAGAACCAAAACAGUUACCAGAAAUACAUUUUGUGACGCUACCGCUGCUGGAUGUCUGCUAGUUUCAGCUGCAUUACAGAAUAUCGGCAGCGCGGCGACCGCAAGUUUGUUGUUAUUAGUACUAUUAUACUGCGGCGCGACAAAACACCGCCAUUUUAAGUCGGUCUGCUGAGAGCAUUUGAUCAGCGAGUAGCUAUUUUCCGUUUCGUUAC